GCAGCUUCAGUGACGACCAACACCUCGGACGACCCUAAGCACACCGCCAACACUCGUAGCAAUGGCUGGCGCAUUACAGAACGCGAAGAGGGACCUCCCCAAGGUCCGCGACGAGGAGCGCGAGUCGCGCUUCGGACAAGUCUUUGGCGUGUCCGGUCCCGUCGUCGUCGCUGAGAAUAUGGCUGGUUCAGCCAUGUACGAACUCGUCCGCGUCGGCCACGAUGAACUUGUAGGAGAGGUUAUCAGGAUCGAUGCCGACAAGGCUACAAUUCAAGUUUAUGAGGAAACAUCUGGAGUUACUGUUGGUGACCCAGUACUACGGACAGGAAAGCCAUUGAGCGUCGAGCUAGGCCCGGGUCUUAUGGAGAACAUUGUCGAUGGCAUUCAGCGGCCUCUGCGAUCUAUCCAAGAACUGUCCAAAUCUAUCUACAUUCCCAGGGGUAUCAACACCGAGGCCUUGGACAGGAAUCUCAUGUGGGACUUCGAGCCGCUCAACUUCGCGGUUGGAGACCAUAUAUCUGGUGGCGAUAUCUUUGGAAAGGUGUACGAGAACUCCUUGGUCGAUGAACACAAGAUUAUGCUACCGCCUCGUGCGCUCGGUACCAUUACUCGGAUCGCGCCGAAGGGCAGUUUUGCGGUCGAUGACAUCGUUCUGGAGACUGAAUUUGAGGGCAAGGUGUCGAGACACACGAUGAUGCACGUCUGGCCCGUCCGUGCACCUCGACCUGUAGCGGAGAAGCACACCGCGAACUUCCCUUUGCUUACGGGCCAGCGCAUUCUCGAUGCUCUCUUCCCUUGCGUACAGGGGGGUACUACGGCCAUUCCAGGAGCUUUCGGAUGCGGCAAGACGGUCAUUUCGCAGGCCAUCUCGAAGUUUUCAAACAGUGACAUCAUGAUUUACGUCGGUUGUGGUGAACGAGGAAACGAGAUGGCCGAAGUCUUGAUGGACUUCCCCGAGCUCACAAUGGAGGUCGGUGAUCGACAAGAACCCAUCAUGAAGCGCACAACGCUUGUUGCCAACACCUCUAACAUGCCCGUGGCCGCACGUGAAGCUUCUAUCUACACCGGCAUCACGCUGGCUGAAUAUUGGCGCGAUCAAGGCAAGAAUGUCGCGAUGAUGGCUGAUUCGACGUCUCGCUGGGCCGAGGCUCUUCGUGAAAUUUCUGGUCGUCUCGCAGAAAUGCCUGCUGAUUCUGGAUAUCCGGCGUACCUUGGUACUAAGCUUGCCAGCUUCUAUGAGCGCGCAGGCAAAGUUACUUGCCUGGGUAACCCCGUUCGCCAGGGCACUGUUUCCAUUGUCGGCGCCUUUUGCUCGAAGCCAGACAGCGGAACUGCAUGCUAUAGGCAGCAUUGA